AUGCCGCGGUGGUUUGAGCUCAACCUUGAUCGCCGCAAAGAGAUUUCGCUGAAGGAGGCCGUCGGAGCCAUGGCUCAAGUAGCCUUAACCGACAUAGAGCUCGCCGCCCGUCCCCAAAAGACCGACCUCUGCGUCACUCCGGAGAUCGUUGCACUGGUUUCCAGAACCCAGGCUAUUGAUGCCGUCAGCAUGCUGCUGAUGCCGAAACCGUUGAUGUCUAGCUUCGAGUGCUCCGAAAGCCGGAAUCUGCAGUUCAAUCUGGAAAUCUUCCACCGCCAAUUGCAGCUGAACAAUCGGUAUGCACUCAUUCUUUAUGGUGAGGUAGAAUCCAUGACCUUGAGGGGGAACCAGAUCCAAUCCCCCUCCGUCCCCAUGACCAACGCCUCCAUUCCGCCGCUUCCGCCCACCCCUCCCCACAGCUCCUCCGCGCAGCCAUCUUCUUCUUCCUUUCCACCAUUGCUUACUAUGGAGCAGCUUCAAGCUCAAAACGCAGACCUACACCACUCCAUCGAUACUCUCACACAUCAUUUUGCUGCCUUUCAAAGCACCGUGCUGCAGUCUAUCUUGCAACGAUCAACCCCUCCCUCCCCCUCCUCCGUGUCCACAGCCUCCUCCACCCCAACUUCUUCCCACAACCCACAAAUUCCUUUUGGGUCUUUUUCACCCGCCACCACCUCCUGGUCUGGCUUGGGUCCCUCUAACCCACCACCCACAUAUCACAGCCCUCCGCCACAUUCAACCCCUCUCAAUACUACAUCUUCACUGGCUCUAUCCGCCUCCACCACUACACCCCUAUCCACACCGCUUCCGGUCAGUGGUCCCUCUUUAUCCACCAUCACUUCGACACACCAACCACAGUUUUUCUAUCCAGAAAUGCCUUACCCAUAUCCAUACCCUCCACCACUAUUUCCAUACCCUUCACCACCAUAUCCCUACCACCCUCACCCAUUUCCAUAUCCAACACCUCUUCCUUGCCCAGAUCACACCAGACAACCACCUCCUCCCAAUAACCAUGAGUUCAGACCCCCUAAGGUGGACCUCCCUCGUUUCACCGGUGACGACGUCGUUGGUUGGUUGUCCAUGGCUGAGCGUUACCUUCGCUCUCAUCGAGUUCCACCGGCUGAAAAAGUAGCCACCCUCGCCACCCACUUUGGUCCUGACGCCUCUAUGUGGAUGAGUGUUUUCGAGCUCCGUCACCCCAAUUCUUCUUGGGAAAAUUUUGUGCGUGCGUUCCUGGAGCAAUAUGGCGCUGGUAGCCUCACCGACCUCAAGUCCACCCUUUCACAUCUCCAACACACAGCUUCGGUGGACGAUUUCGUCAACGCUUUUAAGAAGCUAGCAUGCCGGGCUCCGGAAUGGGGAGACGCGGACCUCUUACCCAUCUUUGUUGGAGGCCUCCGCCAUGAAAUUCGGCAUGAUGUUCAGGCCCUGGAGCCUCAAACGUUGAACGCUGCUCAACGCCUUGCCCGGCGAUUUGAAGCCAAGCUCAGCGAUGCACGUGCCGCUCGGCCACCCAAACCCAUCCAUUGGACCCACUCUGCACGAGCAAUUGGUGGUCCCAGCAACAGCUCCGUACUCCCUAUUAGACAGCCCAACGGCAAUAAUUUUCAGAAUGGCCCCGCUCACGUUUGCAAAAAGCCAGUGCUAGCCAUCCUCGACUGCCCUGCCCUUUGCCCAACAGAGGACCCCUCCCCAGCCAUCGACCCUUCUCCACCCGAGGAACCCCCUGACCCCAUCCCGGAAAUUGGGUAUCCUCUAAAUUCCAUCACUCACACCAAAUUGGGUGAGAUGAUGCGUUUCCAAGGUUCACUCAAUGGUAGCCCCAUCACUAUCUUCGUGGACUGCGGCUCCGCAAUGAACUUCCUGAACCCUUCUAUUGCCCAACGAUUGGAGCUUCCUAUUUCGGGCAUCUCUCCUAUACAUUUUUCCUCCGCUUCGGGGCACUCUAUUACACCUUCGGGCUUAGUCAAGAACAUCACUAUACAAAUCCAUUACUACACCUUCUUGGACUCCUUCUUAUUACUGCCGGUUGCAGGGUGUGAUUUGCUUCUGGGAGCUCCAUGGUUGGACUCCUUGGGCUUUGUUGGUUGGCAUUUCUCGGAGAAAUUGAUGGUCUUCACCUCGAAUGGCAAGUGCCAUAUUUUACAGGGUAUUGUCAAUAGCCCAAUGACUUCCCCGUCCGUUGCUCAAGCUGAAAUAAUGGGCCUGCUACCACCAGAUCAGUUGGACCUAUCUCCAAUCGAUAUUGGGCCGGACUCGGUCGCAUCUGUCCACAUCAAGGCUAUUCAAUCCCUUUUGGACCAUUUCCACGACUUGUUCACACCAUGUUUGGGCCUCCCACCACAGCGGCCCAUUGAUCAUAAGAUUACCUUGCUAGAGGGCACCAACCCUAUCAAUGUACGCCCAUAUCGUUAUGCUCACUCCCACAAGGAUGAAUUGGAAGCCCAAGUCCGUGAGAUGCUCGCACAAGGCAUUAUCCGGCCUAGCACUAGCCCCUUUUCCUCACCGGUUCUUUUGGUGAAAAAGAAAGAGGGCACAUGGCGUUUUUGUGUCGAUUAUAGACAACUUAAUGCAGCGACGGUAAAGGAUCGUUUCCCUAUUCCCAUUGUUGAUGAAUUGUUGGACGAGCUACAUAGGGCACACUAUUUUUCCAAACUGGACUUACAUUCCGGGUAUCAUCAAAUACUAAUGCACCCCGAGGACAUUGCCAAGACCGCUUUUAGGACACACGAGGGUCACUAUGAGUUCGUCGUCAUGCCUUUUGGUUUGUCUAAUGCCCCUUCUACUUUUCAAGCACUCAUGAACCACAUUUUCAAACCACUGUUACAGAAAUUUGUUUUAGUUUUCUUCGAUGACAUAUUGGUUUAUAGUGCGGACUUGGAGUCCCAUAUUGCACAUCUUGCGGAAGUAUUUACAAUUUUGCAGGUCAAUAGUUUGAAAGUCAAGCUUUCUAAGUGUACAUUUGGGCAGCCCACAGUUAGCUAUUUGGGUCACACAAUGUCUGCCCAAGGUGUUUCCAUGGAUCCUACAAAGGUCCAAUGCCUUCUCUAUUGGCCCAAACCCACAACUCUUAAAGCCUUGCGUGGGUUCCUUGGGUUGGCCGGAUACUACAGGCGCUUCAUUCAGAAUUUCAGCUUGAUUACCAGGCCCCUCAACGAUAUGCUCAAAGUUGAUGGUUUCAAUUGGUCCCAAGCCUCUGAAGAUGCCUUCCUUCACCUCAAGCAUGCCAUGACAACUGCCCCUGUGCUCGCUUUACCAGAUUUUUCGAAACCUUUCACUAUAGCUGCAGAUGCAAGUGGCAUUGGAAUUGGGGCAGUGUUAUCACAGCAGAAUCAUCCCAUAGCAUUCCUCAGUAAAACCUUGUCACCCAAGAACCAACUACUUUCAGUAUACGACAAGGAAAUGCUUGCAAUCCUCUUCUCUGUGGAAAAAUGGCGCCCUUAUGUUUUGGGAAGACACUUCACGAUUCUCACUAACCAUCAAACUUUGAAACACUUGAUGGAUCAGAGGAUUACUACCCCUUAA